GAGGAAGUGAGGAAGUGAGGAAGUGGACAGUACAUCUGCUUGUCUCUGCGGACAGAAACGCUCAUUUUGUGCGUAAAACUAUCUUUACUAUCGUGUCCAAAAUGUCUAAAAAUACAGUCUCCGACCGGUUUAGGAGAGUGGACGUUGAUGAAUACGACGAGAACAAGUUUGUGGACGAGGAAGACGGAGGAGAGAACCAGGGCGGUCCAGACGAAGCAGAAGUGGACGCUUUGCUCAGAGAGGGGAACAUGAAUGCGGCUCUCAAUGCUGUGCUAAAGAAUCCUCCAGUCAACACCAAGAACCAGAACGCCAAGGAGCGAGCGGAGCUGCUGGUGGUCAGAGUGCUGAGCGGUUUUAAGAGCAGUGACAUAGAGAAGGCCGUGGGCUCCCUGGACAGAGCCGGAGUGGACCUGCUGAUGAAGUACAUCUACAGAGGCUUUGAGAAACCGUCCGACAACAGCAGCGCUGUGCUGCUGCAGUGGCACGAAAAGGCUCUGGCAGUGGGAGGUUUGGGAUCUAUAGUUAGAGUUCUGACUGCCAGGAAGACCGUCUGAUCGUCCCAGAACCACCAGAGCCCCCCCCCCCCCCCCCC